AUGACGGCGGUGGAACACGAAAACCACAACCGGAAGACGGUAAAAAUGGUGUACAAGGCAUUACGUGAUGGUAACACAGAGAAGGUUGCAAAAUUGGUAGGUUUAGAGUUGGAAUGGUGGUAUCAUGGACCUCCUCAUCGCCACCACAUGAUGAAAACGUUGACCGGAGAGUCAACGCCUAGGGCUUUCAAGUUUAGGCCUCGAAGAAUGAGGGCCAUUGGUGACCGUGUGAUAGUUGAAGGGUGGGAAGGAGUGGGGGAGUAUUGGGUGCACGUGUGGAGGCUCAAGCACGGGAUUAUUGCUCAGCUGCGUGAGUACUUCAACACCUUACUCACUGUGGUGCUUCGUGUUUCCGAGGAUGGGGAUCAGGCUCGGGUUUGGCGAAGCACACCUCAGGUUCGGGUUCAAGGCUCGUUACCCGAUCUUGUGCUUUCUAUUUGA